AUGCGCGAUAGCAUUAGCCAAAGCUAUCUCAUCGCCACAAACCACCAGGCACUACUCGAUAUCAUGAGCACAAACACAUAUGACUUCGAGAAGCCAUGGCGUGCCCGCAACUUCCUCGCCCGCAUCCUGGGCUUUGGCCUCAUUCUUUCCGAAGGCCCCGCCCACAGGAAGCAGCGCAAGGCUCUGACCCCCGCUUUCAAUAUCAAGAACAUCCGCGCCAUGUAUACCCUCAUGUGGGAGAAGACGAUCCAGCUAGUGGAAGAAAUGGAAAAAGAGCUCGCAGAAAACCCGAUGGAAGGAACUAAUCCAGAAGAUAAAGUCGGCAAGCUAGAGAUGGGUGUCUGGGGGAGCCGUGUUACACUCGAUAUCAUUGGCCCUGUAGCGAUGGGCCGUGACUUCCGCUCGCUUCAAAAUAAAGACAACAAAGUUGCGGAAAGUUUCCUCCGAAUCCUCGAACCAACAACCGAGAAAAUGGCUUUCCUCGCCAUGAACUUCAUUCUACCCCAAUGGAUUGCCCAGCGCGUUCCCUGGCGCUUGAACAAGGUCGUCGCCGACGAGACCGGAUUCCUCCGAAAUCUCUGCAACGACAUCGUCAAGGAGAAGCGGACCUCUCUCGCCGAAUCUAAGGCUUCGGCCAAGGACCUCGAAGCAGAUGUCCUGGGUACCAUGAUGUUGGGUGGCGAUUUCUCGGACGAAGAGCUAGUCGAUCAGAUGCUAACUUUCCUCGCCGCGGGACACGAAACAACCGCCGCCGCUCUAACAUGGGCCUGCUACCUUCUAACCCUCCACCCAACAUACCAAACCCGACUCCGCGACGAAAUCCGCGCCCAAAUCCCCUCAGCUUCAACCGCCAUAACCCACCAAGACCUCGAAUCCCUCCCGCUACUAAACGGUGUCUGCGAAGAAGUCCUCCGCCUAUACCCAACCGUCCCCGCUACAAUCCGCGAAAGUAUCCGCGACACAAUGAUCGCCGGCAAGCGUGUUCCAAAGGGCACUCGAAUCCUCCUAAUCCCCUACGCAAUUAACCGAUCCCCGCUCUUCUGGGGCGAAACUGGAGAAGACUUCCUUCCUGAACGGUGGAUAGAUACGGAUCCCAAGACGGGGAAAUCCGUGCCGAACAAGAAUGGCGGCGCUAGUACGAAUUUUGCGCAGAUUACGUUCUUGCAUGGGCAGCGGGCUUGUAUUGGGAAGGAUUUUGCUAGGGCUGAGCUUAGGUGUGCGGUUGCGGGCGUUGUUGGGAGGUUUGCUUUUGAGAUGCAGGAUCCUAAGCAGGAGAUUCAUGUUGCUGGUGCCGUUACGACGAAGCCGGUUGAGGGGAUGAAUUUGGCUAUGCGGAGGGUUGAGGGGUGGUAG